UGCUAUUGUAUGUAACUUUGUCUCUAUUUUAUUUUUUAAGGAAGAGGAAAUGUUCCGACCAAACAUGUUCUUCCUUCUGCUCCUUCCGCCCAUCAUCUUUGAAUCGGGAUACUCUUUACAUAAGGGUAACUUCUUCCAGAACAUUGGCUCCAUCACUCUCUUUGCUGUGCUCGGCACGGCCAUCUCUGCUUUCAUCGUCGGAGGAGGGAUCUAUUUCCUUGGGCAGGCUGGUGUGAUCUAUAAGAUGUCAAUGACUGAUAGCUUUGCCUUCGGCUCACUGAUCUCAGCUGUGGACCCCGUGGCGACCAUCGCCAUCUUUAACGCCCUGGAUGUUGACCCGGUCCUCCAAAUGCUGGUGUUUGGAGAGAGCAUCCUCAAUGACGCCGUCUCCAUUGUCCUCACGAAGUAAGAGUCUCUUUCUCCUUCCUCAGUGUUUGU